GACAUACUUCUGGAUUUCUGGAAGAUAAAAAGGGAUAAAAUAGGGCAGAAGCGAUGUUAUGGAGAUUUUCCAAAAGUGAUAAACUCUAUCAGUCCAUAUAUUUUUCAUAACCAUCAAAGGUUAGACAAGAUAACUAAAAACAAAUUAACAUAAAAUGACACAGGAUAUAAAAGACCAAUAGAAAAUCCGAAAAGUAGCCAGAGAAAAAGACAGGUUAUUUUAAAAGGAACACCUUUCUAAAUAACAACCUGAUUUUCAACAGAAAAUGGAAGGUAGAAUUUAAAGAAAUCAUGUUUUCAGUGUGUUUCAAAAAAAUAGAGGACCUUCAUAAACAGAAAUCCAAAUGAUGUUUGUCAGAUAGAGUAAAAAUUAUUGAAAAUACAAAGUUAAACAUGCAAGAAGAAAGAAAAAUUAACAAAUUAUAAAUAUGUGCAUAAUUCUAAAUGAAUGUUGACUGAAUAAAAUAAUAGCAUCUUAUUGAGUUAAACAUAUAAUUGAUAAGAUACAUGCAAAUAGUACCAAAGAGACUGGAGGUAAAGGUGACAGGAAUACAUUUAGUUAAAUUAUUUUUUGCACUUUUCUACAUCUGUGAGGAUCUGUGAGGAUAAUUUUACAUCAUAUUUAAUGACCCUAUGAUAGGAAUUGCAUCAAAUGAUAUAUGAAAUAAUGCUCAUAGCAGAGUUAUUCGUAAUAGUUCAGAAAUAGACUGGCUGAAUAUAUAUUAACUAAGGAUGAUGGAAUUAUAUGAAUGAUCGCACCAAAUUCAUACAGCAGAACAACAUAGGUGAAAAAAAUGAAUCACAUGUACAUGCAAUUAUAUAACUAAAUUUCAGAAACAUGAUAUCAAGUGCAAGAAGCCAUGAACAAGAACAAACAGAAUUGCACCUAUACACAAUUCAAAGCAGGACACACUAAGCUAUGGAGUUUAGGGUUGCAAACCUAGUUGGUAAAGUAUAAAGAAAAAUCAAGAAAAUGAUCAUCAUGAAUUACCAAUAUUAUUUAUCUCAGGAGAUGUGAAGAAAGGUUUAAGGGCUUGGAAAGUGGAAUGGAGGGGGACCUAGACUGUUGGCAGUGUUCCGUGUCUUACCUUGCAUGAUGGUUACACACGUGUUUGUGAUACAUUGCUCUUUCCUAUUUUUGUUUCGGCCAUUUCUAAGUGUGCAUUAUAAUUUUGUUUAAAAAAUUACAAAUUAGGAGAAUUGUUAUGUAAAAAUUAUUAAUUUCUCUGCUCAUUAUAUACCUAGGGGAAAAAUCCACCAUUUACUACAUACAUUCUUAUACAGCUCAGGAGAGUUAAAGUGGAUUCUUAUUUUAGUUGUGAAAUGUAGAAAUUUGAGAUACUGUUACCUACAGCCCCCAGAUCUUUCCAAAAGUUUUCUUCUAGUCUUAAAUAUUCACCUCAUAUUACAAAAACGUGACAUUUCUGAUCUGUUUUUCCUUUGGUUCCUGAAUUUCUGACACAACAAGUGUGCACAUAUUUCUCACAUUCUUGGUUUAGAAGAGUACCUGUAUCAGUUUUUCUGCAAAAGAAACUUCUCGAAAACCAUAUUAGGUAUUUAUAUCUCACAUGUUUUUGGAUUCUGUUUUCUUAAGCUAUGGUUUGGUGGCUGGCUCUGGUGAUUUGAGAUGGUCCAAGUUUUGCAUCUUGGAUCUAGUUAGAGUUUGACCUAUAUAAGGCUGGAUCAGGCAGGGGCGAUGUGACUCCAUUAGUUACUCUUUGCUUUUCAUUGCAAAGCAAUGAAAGAUGAUAUGUCUUUAUUUGCAUGCUAGCCAAUGAAAAUUCAGCUUUCCCUUCAACAUCAGUAUGAAAAAUUUCAGCCUAUAGCAAGAACAGAGGCUCUAUGAAUAAGAAUUAAUUUGAGCUGUUUUGGGACUAACAAUAUUUUCCAUAAAGGCAGCAUUGAACUCGUCCAUUGGUUUAAGCUGGUACUUUUCUGUUGACAUUGUUCACAGAAUUUAAAAGAAUAAAGAAUGUUAUUGAACAUUCAGGAAUCAAGUGCAUAUUGAAUUUAAGGCCUGGAUAUCAGAGGAGUCACCACCGGUGUUAUUAGGCCUGAAUUUUUUUCUUGCUUUUUUGUUUAGACAUGAUGAAUUUUCUCCUCAUUGUUUUUUCCAUUCUAGUAGUGGUUGCAUUUGUUCUUGGAAAUUUUGCCAAUGGCUUCAUAGCACUAGUAAAUUUCAUUGCCUGGGUCAAGAGACAAAAGAUCUCCCCAGCUGAUCAAAUUCUUGCUGCCCUGGCAGUCUUCAGGGUUGGUUUGCUCUGGGUAAUAUUAUUAAAUUGGUAUUCAACUGUUUUCAAUCCAACUUCACCUAGUUUAAAAGUAAGAAUUUUUAUUUCUAAUGCCUGGGCAGUAACCAACCAUUUCAGUGUCUGGCUUGCUACUAGCCUCAGCAUAUUUUAUUUGCUCAAGAUUGCCAAUUUUUCCAGACUUAUUUUUUAUCACUUAAAAAGGAAGGCUAAAAGUGUAGUUCUGGUGAUAGGGUUGGGAGCUUUGUUAUUUUUGAUUUGUCAUCUUGUGAUGAAAAACAUGGAUAUAAAUGUGUGGACAAAAGAAUAUGAAGGAAAUGUAACUUGGAAGAUCAAAUUGAGUAAUGUAAUGCACCUUUCCAACUUGACUGCAGCCACGCUUGCAAACGUGAUACCCUUCACUCUGACCCUGAUAUCUUUUCUGCUGCUAAUCUGUUCUCUGUGUAAACAUCUCAAGAAGAUGCAGCUCCAUGACAAAGGAUCUCAAGAUCCCAGCACCAAGGUCCACAUAAAAGCUCUGCAAACUGUGAUCUCCUUCCUCGUGUUAGUUGCCAUUUACUUUCUGUGUCUAAUCACAUCAUUUUGGAAAUCUAAUAUGCAACAGAAAGAACUUGUUAUGCUUUGCCAAACUGUUGGAAUCAUAUAUCCAUCAUUCCACUCAUUCAUUCUGAUUUGGGGGAGCAAGAAGCUAAAGCAGACCUUUCUUUCAGUUUUGUGGCAGGUGACUUGCUGGGCGAAAGAACAGAAACCAUCAACUCCAUAGAUGUACAAGAGGUGCAUUGUGUGUUUUCUAGCAGAAAACAAAUUGAUGGUAUCUGGAACAUUUUAUAUUUCCUACAAGUUUUUCUAUAGUCUGUGUAUUUGAGUAAUUUCCAAAAGUAGACUUAGAAAAGUCUUUUACCUAAAUUUAUUAUAUAAAUGUGUGUGUGUGUGUGUGUGUGUGUGUGUAUGUGUGUAUGUAUGUCUGGACGUGUAUGAAAACUUAACAUUGACCAUAACAUACCUUUAGUCAAUUUUUUAAAUAAACUUCUCAGUUAUACAAAAGUAGAAUUAUGAACCCAUGUGUAUUUCACACAUAUAUUUUAUUUUAUGAUAUUUCAUUUGAGAAAUUUAUGAUCUCUAUAAUUAGAAACUGACAGCUUAUAUCAGAAAAUCAUUGCUAUUUUUCAUUGUAAUUUGGAUCAUGUAUAUGUAUCAUAGUGUCUUUAACUAUCAUUGUUUGAACCGCUAAUAUUUUGGAUGGUAAGGACAUUCAGUACUAAAUCAAUGAUGAGAAUGUGUCUUUGUGGUAGGUUUUUUUUUUCAUGAAUUCUUUUUUUCCCCUUUUUUUUGAGAUGGAGUCUUGCUCUGUUGUCCAG